AUGAAUCCUAUCGACACCAGAUAAAUAUUGAAUUGGGAUCAAGUAAAGGUGCAUAUACAACCCAAUUUAUGCAUAGAAUGCCAAUUGGUUCCUUAAUAGCCUCUUCAGUGUUAUCGAUGUUAGAAAUCUCUCUGCUAGACUUGUCAUGCAGAUCUAAAAUAGAAAUCAAGAGGGCCAAAAAUAUUUUGUUAGAAAUGCAAAGCACUCAAUUAUUUCAAUCCUGCUAACAAUGCUAUUUACUAGAGUUACAGGGAUAUGGUUAUAGGAUGUGUAAAUCGUCGAUAUGGUUGUAAAGUGACACUGGAUUACAAAAAAUAUUAGAAACAUGUUGAAGAAUGUGAGUUUCAACGCAUUCCAUGCCCAUCUCCAGGGUGUUUUGUAACAACAUUAAAACGGGCAAAGGGGGAUCACUUAUAGGUGUGUGAGUACGUGAUAGAGACAUGUUAAUACUGUAAUAAGUAAUUCAAUCGGAAAUCGAUGGCUUAUCAUCAAGAAAAAUGCAAUGGAAAAGAUGUGUAACAGAUUGAUUUGGCAUCUUUAAAGUCGGACUUCCUUCGACUGAGGAGCAAAUUGGAUGCUGCCAUUUCAUAAUUUGAGUAAUCAGCUGAAAUUGCAAUGCUAGAAUAGAAAGUAAUCAAAUAGUAGUUAGAGAUCUAACAGUUGAAGAAUAAUAUUAAUUAAUGA